GCCGUCUCGUGGCCGACCGCCCGCCGCCGACGCCGUCGACGACGACGACGACGACGAUCGUCACUUUAUCGCGCGAGUUGACGAGGCGCACACGUUGUUGUAACCGCUUGCAACAGACGUUAUCGUUAUCAAUUUUAUUUGUUUUUUUUUUUUUUUUUUGGUCCCGCGGACUGCGAUGCGACGAUGAAUAGUAAUAAGCCACGUGGACGUCGCGCACCGCCGAUGUGGUGCAAAGCGUUCGUCACAGUCGGAUUGCUCUGCGAGUUGGCACUGUCGGCCUCGCCACCAGUGAUUGCGGGUGAUCCAGAGUUUACGGAACCCAUAGUGAACGUGACAGUACCUGCAGGACGUAGUGUAAAGCUAGGAUGCUCCGUCAGAAAUCUGGGAUCAUACAAGGUAGCUUGGAUGCACUUUGAACAGUCUGCCAUAUUGACCGUAAAUAGUCAUGUAAUUACUAGAAACCCAAGAAUUACCGUGUCUCACGAUAAGCACCGUACAUGGUUUUUGCAUAUUAACAAUGUGCAGCAAGAAGAUCGGGGCCGUUACAUGUGUCAAAUCAAUACGAUCACUGCUAAAACUCAAAUCGGAUAUCUGAAUGUUGUCGUACCUCCGUCGAUUUCCGACUCGCUGAGUAGUUCAGACGCAAUAGUUCGAGAAGGAGCAAACGUGUCGUUGACGUGUCACGUAGAUGGUUAUCCGAAACCAGAUAUCAAAUGGAAACGCGAUGACGGUUUGCAAAUCAACAUCAACAAAACCUUGAACGUGAGCGAAUGGGAGGAACCCACUUUGGAACUGCAUCGGAUCAGUCGACUGGACAUGGGCGCCUACCUAUGCAUAGCCACAAAUUCUGUGCCUCCGUCGGUCAGCAAACGGAUAAAAGUCAGCGUGGACUUCCCGCCGAUGCUGUGGAUACCACAUCAGCUGGUCGGCGUGCCGCUGGGCUACAACGUGACGCUGGAGUGUAACACCGAGGCGCACCCCACGUCGUUGCACUACUGGACACGGGACACCGGGCAGAUGUUGCACGACAGCAGCAAGUACAAGGCGAUGUCCAUACAGGGUGUGCCGUCGUACAAAGUGCAAAUGAAGCUGACCAUCGUAGACGUGUCGCAGACCGACUACGGCGUGUACAAGUGCGUGGCGAAAAACUCGCGUGGCGAGACCGACGGCACGAUUCGGUUGUACACUUCACACCCACCCACUCUGGCACCAGAACUUCAGAGCACGGAGAAUCCCUCCCCUUCUGGCAUCCCAGCUUUAGGUCCACAAUGGACGACCGAUGGGAGUAACGAUUUAGAAAACGGUACGUCGAACAACACGAACGGAAAAGGAAGGAAAAAAGACGAUGAUUCCAUUUUGAACGAGAUCACUCGGUCUGGGCAGACGUACAACAAACCCAACAGGCCAGGCAUUAUCAAAAAUUCGACGCCAAGACUGAUUCCGACCAUAACUGUUCUGGUCUUGACGGCCGCUGUCCGACUGUUGUCCAAGUGACAAGAACGGUUGAUAUAAAUGGUAUUCACACUUUUUUUGAAAUACCAAAAUGAUUAACGUAAAAAAAUUAAAUUAUCCAAACCAUAUAAUUAAUAAGCUCAACUUCCUCGCCCACUUUAUCCUUAUCCACCACGUAUUAUAAUUAUUAUAUUAUAACAUGUAAUACCUUCCCCCGCGUGGACAACCCUUCACAAUCGUUCCAAACUGUUUACCAGCCACCGCUAUAUAUCCAAUAUGAUGGAGUGAACAAGGAUUACCCUCUUCUCCAUCACACCCUAAAAUGAACUUUGUCUCAUGAGGAUCGACACCACUGACGAUCCACAGUCACAACCCUCGGACACUUAUAGAAGGAAUCUGCGGUCACCCAUCAUGGAUUCACGGAUCAUGUAUUUUUACAUAAUUAUUGCUAUUAUUACAUAAUAUUAUAAUAACUAUUAUUAUUAUUAUUAUUUAUUAUUAUAUGAUCAUCACAAUGUUGUAUAUUUGACGAUUUAUAAGCCAUGUGUAUGUAGGUCCACAGGUAGGAUAAGAUCGAUUGAAUCGAAACUGCAAUAAUACCGUUGUCAGUAUUGUCACGUAUAUAUAUUAUAUUGUAAUAUCAUAAUAUAGUGCCUCGCACGCAACCUUUAAUUGUUAUGUAUGUAGAGAAUUAAAAGAAAUAUAGACAGCAAGAAAGAGUGAAAAUAAGUGAGAGGGAGGGUUGUUGAAAAAUAUGAGAAACGAUAUUAAAGUAAUAUGUCUGAUAUAGGUGUAUGUACGGUAGUUGAUUUAGACGAUUUUUGUUGUUUUGUACAUACGCAUUUAAUUUAACGACGCGCUGAGUAAAUAAAAAUAAAAAAUAAAAUUUUCAAUGAAUCUGAUAUGUCAUGAUAUUAUAUUCAUCUUUAAAAAUGUCGAGGGUUAUAAUUUGUAUUGUUUUUUUUUUCUUUAUGUAAUCUAUAUAAUAGUAUAUUAUAGUAUCUCGAAUGUACCUCGAGAAAAUUUUUCCCAAUACAAUUAUCUUUAUCAUAAUAAUUAUUGUUCCCAUUUUU